AACAACAACAACAACAACAACUUCUGCGUUGUCUGUUAAAAGGCGCAUCCUUGUUUCGGUGUCCUUUCUGUGUCUCUUUGUGUAUGUGUGUGUGCAUGUGUUUGUAUGCGUAUGCGUGUAAGCGUAUGUAAUCCAAGCAAAUCUGUCACGUGUUGUGGAUAUCUUUGUUUGGCCUACCCAAAACUCUCCGACGAUGGGAAUUUAUUGAAAAGGACGACGGCGAUAAAAGAAAAAAAAAAACAGAACAGAACAAGAUAAAUAAACGAAAAGCAGAAAGCAAAGACAAAUCGUUUGGGAAAGGCAACCAAAUCGAAUAUGGCGAAUGGCCAGAGAAAAAGCCAGUGGACGGAGCAUGGAAAAUGUUAUAAAUAACUUCUAGCACAACGAAAGAGUAAACCAAUUCACAUUAAAUGCCACACAGACAAGCUAAAUAAACAAAUGCAUUUGUCAAACGAAAUGGCAAUAGGACUCAACUCAACUUCACAAAACAAAAUAUGCAAAAACAAGAGAAACUCGACAUAAAACCAAAACUGAAUAUAUGAAAACUUUUGUGCAAUAAAAUUGGCCAUAAAAACUAUAUAUAUCUCAUAUAAGAAUCGACUUCCCGCAUUCUUCUUGGCCACUCCCCAUUUAUUUAAGCCCAACUCGUCGUCAGUGUGAAAGUGAAAAUUGUUUACACCGCAUAAAGUAAAAAAAUAUACAAGAGAUACAAGAGAAAAACAUUUAACCAUAUCUUUUGCCAUCUCAGCAGGAAUACGGAGAAAACAAAAAACAAAACGUCUGAAUGUUAUAUCUAUAUCUCAGCUGGCGGAUUGCACCCGCAUCGUUUCAGCAUUGGUUUCAUUGAGUGAAAGUGCCGAUUUGCACAUUAUUUCUAUGUAAGUGAACACUUUACCCAAAACGAGGGAUAAAGCAAUGCGCCUGUGAGAGAAAUUCUUCAAAAUGCGAAUAUUCAAAUUGGGCCUAAGGCCCGCACAAAAUUGCCCACAAAUGACACAAUUGCUUAUUGGAGGCAUUGUCUACAUGAUAUUUGCAUCGCAUUCAGCAGCGUCAGGAGCAACAUCAGCCAGUUUCGAUGAGAGCGGCGACACAUCAUCAUUAUCAUCUCUGUCAUCGUCAUCAGCAUCAUCAUCGUCAUCGUUAGAAUCGUCGUCCACCGCAUUUGCUGCCAUUGCCAGCUCCAGUCUGACUCAAGUGUCUUCAUUGCUGCCCGAGGUGGCCGCCCUGUCGGCAACAGCAACUAUGGUCGAGCCAUAUCUGGAUGGCUAUGCCACAUCCAAUGUGACCACACAAAUUGGAACACAUGCGUAUCUGCCCUGUCGGGUAAAGCAACUUGGCAACAAAUCUGUAUCCUGGAUACGUUUACGUGAUGGCCAUAUAUUAACAGUCGACAGAGCUGUCUUCAUAGCCGAUCAACGUUUUUUGGCCAUCAAGCAACCAGAUAAAUAUUGGACACUGCAAAUAAAAUAUGUGCAGGCUCGCGAUGCCGGCGCCUAUGAGUGUCAAGUGUCGACAGAGCCAAAAGUUAGCGCUCGUGUCCAGCUUCAUGUUGUGGUUCCCCGCACUGAGAUUUUAGGCGAACCAGAUCGUUACGUGAAGGCUGGCAGCAAUGUGGUGCUACGUUGUAUUGUUCGUGGUGCUCUCGAACCACCCACAUUCAUAAUGUGGUAUCAUGGGGCCGAGCAAUUGGCCGCCGACUCUCGACGCCAUCGCACGCAAUUGGAUCCGAAUUUGCCAGAGGCCAAUGGCGAGGGUCAGAGCACGAUUGGCUCAUUAAUCAUUGAGUCGGCCAAGAAGCGGGACACUGGCAAUUACACAUGUAGCCCGUCAAAUAGUCCCAGUGCAACGGUAACGCUCAACAUAAUAAAUGGUGAAUCAUCGGCAUCGGCGGUCACUUCAUCGGCACCCACAACCCGGGGAUACACUCUCUGCAUUAUGGCUCUAUUACUUAGUGUCAUUAUUAUCGGCGAUGGACAUCGAACAUGACAUGUUCCAGCCAAAUCAGGCUAAAAAUUAGAAACUUCUAAAGAAUAUGCAUUCAAAAUCAGAGAGAUUAAAAGUUAAAGUGAAACUCUGCCAACAUAAAAUGAUUAAUAUUACAAAGAAAGAAUUAACAAAAUAAUCGUAUGCAUGUUGUAAGCAAAAUGAUUUUACCUUAUAAACAAAAGCAGAGAGAUAAAAAAAAUACAACAAAAUCAAACAAAACUUUAAGAAUUU